AUGGUAAGUGCUCGCUUUCCAUUUUCUGAGGAGGGUAAAAGCACAGAGUAUAAUUCUAUGACUUCAAGCAAAACUAAAGGAAAAGGUGGAUUUAGAGCUACCACCUUCAUCUAUGGUUUGUUAGGAUUAGAAAACAUGGGGUUUAUUGCAAUCAUGGUGAGUUUUGGAUUAUACUUCAGUUUUGUGAUGGGAUUUGACCUCACUGGCUCAGCUAAUACUCUCACUAACUUGAUGGGCUCAACCUUCUUGCUCUCCAUUCUUGGUGGCUUCAUUUCUGAUACUUACAUCAACAGAUACCAUACUGUCCUAAUUUUUGGACCCUUCGAAAUUCUAGCAUUUGCAUUGAUAACAAUUCAAGCUCAUUACAAGAGUUUGCAACCAGAAUGUGUGGUGCCAAAUUGCAUAUCAGGAUGGAAAGCUGUGUUCUUCUAUGCAUCACUUUGCUGCUUUGCAUUGGGGAGUGGUGGGGUUAGGGGUGCAUUGCCAGCAUUGGGUGCUGACCAAUUUGAUCAGAAGGAUCCAAAAGAGGCUAAGGCUCUUGGAAGAUACUUCAAUUUGGUAUUGCUUAGUUCUGUGAUUGGUGGAGCUUUUGGAGUUACGUUUGUUGUCUAUGUCAGUACAGUUAAAGCUUGGUGGAAAGGUUUUCUCAUCAGUUUGGUUGCUACUUCACUUGGUUUUGUUUUCUUUGCCUUUGGAAAACCUUUCUUGCGCCUUCAACGUCCUGCUGGAAGCCCUCUUACUAGAAUUUUCCAGGUUAUCGUUGUAGCAAUCGAAAACCGAAAUUUGCAAAUACCAGAAAAUAUUGACGAGCUGUAUGAGAUUAAUGAUAAAGAAUCAGACUCGUCACAGCAAAAACUUGCACAUACUAAACAAUUCAGAUUCUUAGACAAAGCUGCAAUCCUUCCUAAAACUGUUGAAGCCACUCCAUGGACAGUUUGCACUGUGACACAAGUUGAAGAAGUGAAAGUGUUAACAAGAAUGUUGCCUAUCAUAGCUAGUACAAUUAUAAUGAAUACAUGUAUGGCCCAACUCCAAACAUUCUCAGUUGCACAAGGCUAUCGAAUGAACCGUUUCAUUAAAAAGUUCGAGGUACCAGCACCUUCAGUGCCCGCUAUUCCAUUAAUCUUUAUGUGUAUUCUCAUCCCAAUUUAUGACAUGUUCUUCGUCCCCUUUGCUCGAAAAAUCACCAAACAUCCCUCAGGCAUCACUCAACUCCAACGUGUUGGGGUCGGACUAGUCCUAUCGAUCGUGUCCAUGGCUGUUGCUGCCCUAGUUGAGAUCAAAAGAAAGCACCAUUCCUUGAAAAAUCCUUUGAAGCCUAUUCAUCUAGCUUGGCUAGGAUUUCAAUAUGCUAUUUUUGGAAUAGCUGACAUGUUUACCUUAGUGGGCCUGCUUGAAUUUUUCUACAAAGAAGCACCUGCUGGAAUGAGGUCCUUAUCCACUUCAUUUACAUGGAUUUCAAUUUCUUUGGGCUACUUCUUGAGUAGCGUCCUUGUAGAAAUCAUCAAUUCAGUGACAAAAAGAAGAGCACCAAGCAAGAAAGGAUGGUUAGUGGGCUUAGACUUAGAUCAGAAUAAUUUGCACCUCUUCUAUUGGUUCUUGGCUAUUCUUAGUGGGCUCAACUUUCUGAACUACCUCUUUUGGGCCUCUUGGUACAAAUACAAAACAGAUGAAAUUGAAGAGCCCAAGCCCAAUAUAGAUGAUUCAAUCAGCUUGUCCAAAUCAGUGUCUGUGAGUAGGGUGCCAUUGCUUAAGCCCAGUGACAAUGCAUCAGCAAUGCCUAUAAUUGAAGAAUGCUCCAAUGGGCACACUGAGGAAGGUAAUGAAAAUUCAUCAGCAGUGCCUAAAAUAGAAGCAGCAUCCUCUAGUGGACACCCUGAGGGAACUGAGAAGAAUGCCCACAGUUGA